ACACCGCCGACACUUACGAUGUGUACAACUUUGCCGAGAGUCUGACCGACGCCGUGGCAGUCGUUGUUCAAUAUAACAAUAAUAUGAAAGGCUUUUGUCGCACCGUUACUGACAAGAGUGGUGGCGCCCGGGCUAUAGACCGGUAUGCGCGGGCACAGGUCGACCGUCGCGGCGGACAGUGUAUUGACUUUAGUUAUAAGAAUCUGGUCAAUAAUAUCAGCCAGACGUCCAAACAUUCACCGGCCGUCUCAACCGGACUGAGACAAUGGACUUAUCAGACGUGCACUGAAUUCGGUUACUAUCAGACGAGUGAUCUCCCAAACAGUCCCUUCGGACACAACAUUCCCGUCGAGUUCUUCACCAAACAGUGCGCCGAUAUAUUUGGUGUCCCAGCACAGGCUGUCCAGAAGGCCAUCAGUCAGACGAAUGCCUACUACGGGGCCCGUAAGCCAAACGUAACAAACGUGGUGUUCCCUAACGGGUCACUCGACCCCUGGCACGCACUCAGUGUCCUUAAAGACCUUAACAACAGUACCAAAGCUGUGAUGAUUGACGGCGGGAGUCAUUGCAAGGAUAUGUAUGCCUCGAGUCCGUCAGAAACUGAAACCUUGGUGCUGUUAGACUUCAUAGUGAUUGCGAUGACUCGUGAAGCAAUCAGUGGUCGGCUCUUAUUCCGGGGCCGACCCGUCGAUAAGCACGGAAUGGUUAGACCACCGGUGGCUCCGAUCGGACACUUCACUCAAAGCUUGGCUCAAACUUACAAACAGAAAGUCAAUCAUUUAGACCCCAAAGACAACCGCACUUUUGAUCAGCUAUAUUUCACGAGUGGCACCCACCACAAGCCGGGAGGGCCCUUGUUUUUAUUUUUUGGCGGUGAGGGUGCGGCCAGUGAUUAUUGGCUGCAAACAAGUUUCAUGGCUGAUAUGGGCCGCAAAUACGGCGCUUAUCUCGUAGAGCUAGAGCACAGGUACUACGGAGUGUCCCAACCCUUUGACGAGUUAACCGUCGAGAAUAUGAAAUACCUGUCCAGCGAACAGGCCUUACGAGACACCGACGACUUUCUACAUUAUCUAAUUAAAAAUCUAAAACUAGAGGGCAGUAAAGUGGUUGUGUUCGGGGGUUCAUAUGCCGGAGCACUGGCCGCUUGGUUUAGAGAAAAGUACCCGAAAACAGCCGCCGGCGCCAUAGCCUCGAGCGGACCCGUCGAGGCUGUCGUCGACUUUAAGGACUAUUUAGGAGUUGUUACCAAUUCGUUGGGAAAAGAGUGUUCAGAUAACAUA